CCGAUCAAUUGUGCGGUCAAGGACCAUCCACUAAUCUUUACCGAUUCGCGUACUGUUGCGGAGACUGACUUGGUAUCAGUUGAGCAGGUUUAUCCAUGUUACACGGGCGAAAGAUUUGCCGUCAGUCAAAAUGCUGGUCAGAAGUUCUGGUACUGCAAGGACAUGAGU